AUGACAUACUGCAACGCUAGUUCUCAGCCAACCAUGCUGAAGGAUUCACUUUCCGCUACAGCUUCUCAGUCAAUUCCGUCUAAAUGCUGGAGUCAAUGGACGGUGGGAUUCUACACGAGACACUUGACGACCUACAGAACGAGUAUAACACAUCAAUUUGGCUACUACUUCCUGUGGGCCAAGACCAGCGUUGGUUCUGCUCUCAGUGACUUUAUGGAUAUUGAAAUUGGAAACGGAAACGCUUUCCUUUACUGCAAAUCGAUGAAAAGCGACACAGGAAGUGCUAUAGUCACGUGUACUCAAAUUACUCUAAUAAGUAUUGCCUUGGAAUUUUGGGAUCUUCAUUAUACACUGAUUGCCCCUGUAGGUUUUUACACAGCCACCGCCAGCCAGCUAGGCAUGGAGAGAGAUCAGAUUGCAUUUGGAGACUGGGAAGUACCAAGGGAUUGCGUUGUCUUGAAGGAGUCAUUAGCAAUCAUUCCGCGGGCGGUUGGCCCCGGAGGAAGUAGUCGAGAGUCUGAUAUCGUCGUUACAACCUCUAAGACAGGCAUAGAAGCAGCUAUGCCCAACACUUGGAAAAUGUAG